AUGUUGUUUCUGCAAAUGGCUUUGCUCACAGUUCUUGUCCCAGGUGGUGACAGUGACGAUGACUUCCAAGAGCCAAUCUCUUUUCGAACCAUCCUGACAACAUCCUUUUGCAACCGUUCGUGGACACAGAAUCAGGGCUCAGCUUGGCUGGAUGAACUGCAGACUCGUGGCUGGGCCAGCAAGACGGGCGCUUUCAUUUUUCUGUGGCCGUGGUCCAGGGGCAACUUCAGCAAUGAGGAGCUAAUGGAACAAGAAAAGUCAUUUCACACAUUCUCCAUGAGAUUUCCUCUGGUAUUUCAGGACCAUGCCAGUCAAUGGCAGCUUGAAUAUCCCUUUCAGGUACAGCUGGCAAGAGGCUGCGAUUCUCACUUUGGAGAGGCAUCAGCAGGCUUCAUGCAGAUUGCGUAUCAAGGAUCAGACCUCGUGAGCUUCCAGAACACGUCAUGGUGGCCAUCUCCAAAGGGAGGAAGGAGAGCUCAGCAGGUCUCCAAACUAUUCAAUCAGUACCAUGUGGUCAACUUACGAAUACAAGCAAAUAUUAGUGACAUCUGCCCCCAUUUCCUCUUGGGUCUUCUUGAGGCAGGGAAGGCAGACCUUCAGCGACAAGUGAGGCCAGAAGCCUGGCUGUCCACUGGCGCCAGUCCGGGGCCUGGCCGUCUGCUCCUCGUGUGCCACGUCUCUGGCUUCUACCCAAAGCCAGUGUGGGUGACGUGGAUGCGGGGUGACCAGGACCACCAGGGCACCCAAUGAGGCGACAGCUUGCCCCAUGCUGAUGGGACAUGGUAUCUUCAGACGUCCUUGGACGUGGAAGCCAGGGAGGGAGCUGGCCUGUCUUGCCGAGUGAGACACAGCAGUCUAGGAGGCCAGGACAUGGUCCUCUACUGGGAGCAGCACCGCCCGGUGGGUUUGGUCUUCCUGGCGGUGGUCGUGCCCCUGGUGCUUCUGGCAGGUCUUGCGUUCUGGCUCUGGAAGCGUCGGUAA